CUCCCCGUGCUCGCGACCAGUUGACUAUGUCCAGCCGAAUCGACCUCUCUGGAUACUCGAACUACAGCUUUUGGCGACCUCUCCAACUCUUGACAGCAUCCUCCAGCUGGCAUGAAUACUCGGUAUUUCUGCUCUGCUGAUUUGGUCCGAGCUCCACCUGUCAAAGCUCUCAUGGUCAGCCCAUUCACGCCCAUCCACGCCCAUCCAUGCCCAUCCUUGCCCAACUCCAACUAGCCCAAAGUCUCGAUGGAGGGUGGAUGGAGGCAAAAUCUUUAGUCAAACAUGGUCAACCACGUCAACGAAGGUCCCAACCCUUCCUCUGCCCCUCCAGCCGUCAGAAAAUUGACUUUUCUGACGUUUCCAGCAUCCAGCAUCCACUGCAUCCUGUUCCUUUGCGAGCUUUGCCUGGAAACUUUCGGCAGGAGCCCGCGGGAGUCUGAGGUCGUGGGUCAAGCCAGCUAAGUUCCAACCCCAUUAUCUUGAAGGCUCCACGAAGCUUCGCACCUCUUGUCUCAUUUCAGGCCCGCUCACGAAUCGCAUUCCUGUGCCUCGCCAGGUCAAGACUCAAAGGGCACUCAGAUGGGGACCCGUAUUUCCACCUCCCUUCAGAGCAUGCACACUGUGAACUCUAUUCCCAAAGCAAAAGGGUGCUGAGAAAGAGACAUUCGGCACCGGCCCCGUUGGUCGACAUCCUGUGAUCGACACGGACUCCAUGUGCCCUGACGGACUUUGCUCUACUUUUUCUAUCACUGCCAGUUCCCCAUUAUCUGGGCACAAGACGUGCAUGGCACGACCUCGAGAGACGGGUACUUUCUGAAAGUCAUCCAAGUACUCAUAUUUUACUUGCUCUCUGUGAGAUCUGUCUGGUACCGUCGACCGCGAGGCACAUGCAGCGAAUAUGUCGGACCUGAACCCAACAUCGGCUCCCUUCGAAGCGGCCUCUCCAAAUGAUCACGGCGUCUCGGUAUCGAUUGUCAAUGUCAUUUUGAUCAUCUUCUCGGGCAUCGUGGUGAUCUCCAGGGCGAUCACACGGGUUAGCAUAACUCGACUCACUGCUGUGGACGAUGUCGCCAUUUUCGUAUCUUUGGUAUUUGCGAUCGCGCAAUGCGUAUGCAUACAGUUGGCGAGGAACAAUGGCCUGGGGAAACACCGACAUACCCUUUCUUCACACGAUUUCUUCGAAUAUAGCAGAUACAACUACGCAAGCCAGUUACUUACCAUCUUCACACUUCUAUUCGCCAAAAUGGCCGUCUCACGACUGAUCCUGACCAUUCGACCGAUGCGAGUAGUGCGCUUUGCCUGUUAUGCCGUGGAAGGAGCUGUUGCGCUAUGGGCAUUGACCUCGUUGUUCUCACUCGCUUUCCAAUGCGACAUUCCCAAUCCUUGGCUUCAAGAGUCGUCUCGAUGUGUCAAUCUGAAAGCAUUGUACUAUUACAUCGGCAUCGUCAACAUUCUCACGGACGUGGCAUUGGUUAUCAUUCCCAUCUUCGUGGUGCACGACCUUCAGUUAAAGACACAGAAAAAGGUCUUUGUCGUUUUCCUCUUCGCCACGCGAAUCUGCGUUGUUGGCGUCGUUAUCGCUCAGCUGGCGACCCUCGGCCCAUUUCUCACCUCCACACGCACGACCAACGGAGACCAGACAUGGGACAACGUAGUCCCCACGCUCCUGAACCAGAUCAUGAUCUUCGCCAGCAUCGUGACAGCCUGCGUGCCCAGCCUGCGACGGGUCGUCACGGAAUUGCAGACGAGGCAGACAGGUCUGCACGUCGACAGAGCAUUGGAGCUCGCGUACGGGUCGGGCAAAUACGGACACGGAACCGUGCCCAACACGAUGAAAGAUUCGGCGGAUUCCUCGGGUGGUGGAGACAGAGACCACCACGCAGAGGCCAAGAGCAGUAAUACACAGAUACCGUACGGGCACAACAUCAAAGGCCCCGUCGGCAACCUCGCGUCGAUAUACGCUCAGCAUGAUCAUGAGAAGACGCAGUCCAGCCGCCCAUCGAGUCAAGAGCGGCUGAGAAGGCCGGAUGGCAUACAUUAUACGCAGGAGUACAGCGUGGCGACCGUCGAUGACGAGACGAUAUCAACGCCGUCGGAGAGGAGACGUGACGAUUCAUUUUGAGCCGAGUACUAUAUCUCAAACGUGUUUUGUUUGUUCGGCAGCUGUGCCUGCCCGCACACACACUGCGCGGCUAAGUCCAUGUCUGAAAGAGUUAUGAGUCAAGAAUCUUGGGUUGGGCAACCAAAAAAGGGCUGGGUGGUGGCUAUUGGCGCGACAUUGGUCAUUGCGGGAAAUAUAUCUGGAACUCGAACGUGGCAUUUUGACCACUGGUUGGUAUACCUUUUGUGGCCAGAGUACGACUUGACGGAAAGCAAUGUACAUUGCAUAUGAGGUGCUUCAGUUGUUCAAGCAUUAAAAAAGAGUAUCCUGUUGUCCCGUAUUUGCUUGCAUGAGUGUGCUUUGCUGGGCAUACUGGGCAAGCCGCCUUGAAACCAUGUCGUUUCUUCUUCUCGUCGAUCACGCUUGGGGGAAGAUAACGUGCCCGCAUAAGCAGCAAGUAAACCCUCAUACUUAUGGAGAUGGAGUCUAGUACAAACUAGGCAUCGAAAGAGGCAGGAUACAUGACUUCCCAGCCCGCACUCCGAAAGUUUGUGGCAAAUAUAUCCAACUUACCGCUCC